AUGUUUUCGGGCUUUGAGUUAGGAAAUCAAGAGAGGUUGUUUAUGCUAUCACAUUUGCAAUUUGCGGAUGACCUCAUUAUCUUUAGCAAGGCCACUGUUCGAGACUUGAAGAAUGUCAGAAGGGUGUUGUUAAUUUUUGAAUUGAUGACAGGUUUGCAAUUGAAUUUAUCUAAGAGUAAAAUCUUUGGUAUUAAUGUGGAUACGGAUGAGUUAGCAGGCUGGGCAGUGGAAAUUGGCUGCACAGUGGGAUUUUUUCCAGCAGAAUAUUUAGGAUUACCGUUGGGAUCUAAGAGAAAUUCUGCAGUAUUGUGGGAGCCAAUUGUCCAGAGAUUUUAUUCUAAAUUGGCUGGUUGGAAGGCUAAUUCCUUAUCUCUAGCUGGUAGGGCAGUUUUGGUGAAAAUUCCAAUUGGUGUGGUUAAGAGAUUGAAUUCCAUAAUGGCUGCCUUCCUUUGGGGUGGUUCGGCAGAUAAGAGGAAUAUUCAUUGGCUGAAUUGGAAGGGCAAAGUUGCAGAGUUCAUGGAAAAUUCUUCAUCUGGGUGUUGCUGGGACAUUAAAUUAAGGAGGAAUUUGGUGAACUGGGAGGUGGAACAGUGGAUGCAGCUUAUGUCCUUGUUGAAUUCUACCUCUUUAUCAUCUUUGCAAGAAGACUGCUGGGUCUGGACAGGGAAUGGGGAGGGCUGUUUUUCAGCUAAAUCUUGUGUGAAGUGCUAUUUUGAUUGGGCUGGUAAUGAGGAAGAUGAUGGUACUUGGGACAGCAUUGUAUGGACAGGGGUUGCUCCUCCUCGGGUCGAAACUUUUGUUUGGCAGGCUGCUCAUCAGAGAGUGGCAGUUAGAGAGGAAUUGAUAAAGCGAGGAGUUACAGGGAUUGAAGACUCGUUAUGUCCUUUGUGUGGAAAGUGUGUGGAGUCGGUUUCUCACCUAUUUGUACAUUGUGAGGUCGUUAGAGGCCUGUGGUAUAAAUUCUUGUCAUCUUGGAAUGUAUCUUUUGUGCCACCUCAGACUUUGUUGGAUUUCAUAAUCGUUUGGAAUGAUUUAAUCCCGAAAUCCACCAUUUGA